AUGGAGGACGCAAAGCUGCAAGCGAUCCACGACCACCUUUCGCAGAAAAAACAGGAGAGAGGAAGUCGCGGCGGACUCGGUAAAGGAAGCGCGGCGCUCCGCGUUGCGCCUCCGCAGCCUGCGCCAGAAGGGAAUGGCCAUGUCUACUUCAGCGAAGACGACGACGAGAAAAAGAGGCGAAAGCAGAAGAAGCAAGGCGCAGGAACCGAAACCAAGGGAGCAAGCGAACCGUGGCCGUCGACUUCGCCCCUGUACGGCUUUUUCAUCCGCGGCGGUACUCUGGCUCCUUCUGCACCCGCUGAGCAGGACGCCUUCAUGGAUAAACUGAAGAAGGCACGGCGCCGCGGGAGUCACAGCAGCGCCGAGGGCGAAGCGCUGGCCUCUCAGGCCUCCGCCUCCUCUUCGCGGGAGAAGAAGGCGGAGGCGGCGUCGCCCAGAGCGGCGGAGAAGCGGAAGAAGAAGCGCCGAGAAGAAGAGGUCCCCGAUGAGGAAGCGGAGGCGGACGACGAACCUCAGGUUGAGAUACAGAAGAAGAAGAGAGUCAAGGAGGCGGAGGGCGUGGGCGGGGAUGUCUCGUGCGCAUCGAUUGUCCCUCUGCCGAAUGCCCGCGUGCUUCGCCUCUCGCUGUCGCGCGCCUCCAUCCCCUCGGCUUCCGCUGAGACUCCGUCGCUCGAGGCCGCAGUUGCAGCCCUUGUCGCCAGGGAGGCCGUCGCGGCGCUGAGUCCUGCGAAGAAGUCCGCGACGACGCCGAGCGCGUUCCUCGUUCUCGCGGGCUCAGGCCCCGUUGCGCGCGUCGCCCUCGAGACCGGCUGCGUGCUGAAGAAGCUCAAAAAGGCGCAGCUGACGCACAUCAGCGGCCUCCUCCGUCUAGGAGCGCAGAACGACACGCGGCUGUUUGGCACGUUUUUGGAAGGCGCCGACGACGGCGCCGGGGUCGCGGUGUCGGGUUCGUUUCAGGUAGGCGCAGCCGCGUGCAGAGCGGAUCAUGACAAGGCGUCAGCAGUCGCCAGACUGCAGCCAGUUCCCCUCGCGGCAGGAAAGAAGACGGUGCAGGGUUUGGGGGGGAACCGCGCAGAGCUGUGA